AUGACUACAAGCACUGCAGUUCAAAGUCAACCAACAGUGCUUGAAAGCUAUCGACUUGAUGAUCCCACCAAAUCCAAUUCGAAAUGUUAUUAUACCAAAUCUUAUGAUCCUUCUUCUCAUCGGACCACACACAAUUUCAACUGGUCUGUACCUUACCACUAUUGGAACGACAAGAAAGAUAUCCCCUGUCCUGUCGAAUUCACCACCGCUGACCAAGACAGACACACGAGAGAUACAUUCGUCGCCAGCUUCUCGGAACGUAAGCCCACGAUCAGCCAAAAGAUCUCUUAUGGUACAUUCGCUGCAAUCGCUUUAGCCGGUUUGGGGACAUUGGGAUAUACAGCGUAUCAAGCGAGGCAUCAAGCUGAACUCAAAUUGCAAUCUGAAAAUUUGAAUGUAGCCUAUAAAAAUCUCAUCAACAAGCUGAGAGAGGAUCAUCCAGAUUGGGAAAUACCGCCUUGGAUGGUCUCGAAGAGGAGUGAAGAGGGAUCUCACUGGGAGGUCGAAGCAUUAGAGCACAAUGGCAGUGAAAGUGAAGAUGGAAGUGGAAGUGAGAGAGAGACUUAUACCAUCGAGAAUGCCGAUGAGGUGAUAGCGAGUAUUCUGAGUAGAUCGGAUGAGGACGAUUCGGGUGUGCCCGAGGUGAUCAUGACGAAAGUUGAUUCGGACAAGGUGCCUAAAUCUUUCGUAGCUUAG